CCUGCUUCUACUACUCCGUACAUCUAGUCAACGGGCUCAAUUACGCCAGCUCUCGUCUUGCAGCGUGCACACCGUCUACCGACGUCCACUAUGGCCCCCUCACCACAAGAGCUGUCUAUGUUCCUCGACCCCUUGGUUCCUGACUCUCUCACGCACAAUACUCGUACCCUGUCCAACAUCCGCUCCAUCUCGGGCCUCCUCCUCGGCAUCGCGGCCGGCAUCCUGGGCCUCGAGUCCCUCUACGGAUUCGGCUUCUAUCUCCUGUGCAACACGCUCAUCUCGGCUCUGUUCUACUUCCUCCUCGCGAAGGGCAAGCCCCAACGGUAUUUCGCGGGGACCGCCGGGUCGAGGGGUCUGAGCGACGAUGGCAAAAGGGGCAGGAACGAGGGCACGGGCGCCUGGAGAGAGAUCUGGCUCGGAGGCGGCCUGUUCACGGAGGCGUUGAGCGGCUUUGUGCUUGGGUGGGCCGGCGUAGGGGGUGUAAUAAGAUAACCGGCGCGACCGAGGAAUUUUCCUUGCGGAGGAUGAACGAUACGAAAGAUAUGGUGCAAGAUUGAAGCCGUGGCUAAGGGUCAGAGCUUUGGGGCGACGUAUGGAGGAACUUCCACCCCAACUCCGACACACUCCAGUGUACCCGCGGAAGUCUGGGAGUCUGCCCUUCUGUGCCUUUUUGUGUGUUUCCUCCGUCUCGUCAAACAGACGCUGGUUCCUGACGUCUCAUAUCCACGGAGCAGCCAAUUUAUUGCAGUUCCGUCACGAAACGUCACCCUCAGAGCAACGUCAAGCUGUGGAAUUUCUCAAGGAAAGCUAGUCAGGAGCCCCCUCGCCGCUCGACAUGAUGCGCUGGAAGCACGACGUGAGAACUCGAGGACCACUGCCAGUUCAAAAUGGACCAUCGUUCUCAAUCUCGACGAUCAAACCGAGUCUCGUCAAACAGCCUGCCCUCCUGGACACUCUCCUCGGGCAAAGACAGGCACACAUCUUGCACUCAUCUGCGUCUCAAUACAAAGCCACCGCCGCGCCGCGCCUCACUUUCACUUCCACUUUCAACCCCGAUCCAUCUACCUGUGUGGAUGGUGCCGUCCCAGGCAAUUGGGGAAGUAACGACACACCUUCGCACGUCAUCCGAGCAACCUGAGAGCGUGCCGCGGCGGGCUGAUGCGGCAUUGGUAGCAGACCUACCUAUGAGCGCAGCCAUCACGUCUGGAGGAGCACCGACCGCGUCGAGAGUCACGAGUCAUACCAAAGGGCGCAGAGGAGGGUCAUUAACGUAGAGGCAUUCUUUAGUUGAGGCAACAGUAGACAGAAGCCUGACCUUCGUUUGUGUCUUAUACCUUGGGACAAUGCAUCUCGCCUCCUACCGGAUAGACAGACGAGAAAGCACAAAAUCCAAGAUCGACGGAUGAAUGAAUAAAUAAAUGACGAAGACCCCAGC